UCAAACAGUUUUGGGUUUCAGAGACAAGAGUUGGGCUCCCUGCAUCCCUCGUGACGAGCAGAGGCACUGCACGCAGAACGGGAGGAAGAGGAGCGCAGCCUCCUCUGAUGCACGCGGGUGACGCCGAGCGCCUCAAUUCGCAUCGCGCAACAACCCAAGACUCGCGUGGGAUCGGUCCCGGCUGCUGUCUCCUGCAUCAUCGGCCCAUAGUGUCGUCUUCCGAAUUCCAGCCCGUUUUUUUUUUCGGGAUUAAAGAAAGCCAAGUGUGUCCGAAUAAUAAUAAUCUAAUCCCAUUUAGACCGUCGCGUUGAUCGAGGAGAGGGGGGCAUCGUACUACCGCACGAGCGAGCGCCGAUUUGCAGCCAUAGAAUCACUGGAUCCAUCCUAAGGAGGAGCACCAUGGGCAAACAGAACAGCAAGCUGACCCCGGAGGUCAUGGAGGACCUGGUGAAGAACACAGAGUUCAACGAGCACGAGCUGAAGCAGUGGUACAAAGGCUUUCUGAAGGACUGCCCCAGCGGCCGCCUCAACCUGGACGAGUUCCAGCAGCUCUACGUCAAGUUCUUCCCGUACGGCGACGCCUCCAAAUUUGCCCAACACGCCUUCAGGACCUUCGACAAGAACAGCGACGGCACCAUCGACUUCCGAGAGUUCAUCUGCGCACUGUCCAUCACGUCCCGGGGCAGCUUCGAGCAGAAGCUCAACUGGGCCUUCAACAUGUACGACCUGGACGGGGACGGCAAGAUCACCCGGGUGGAGAUGCUGGAGAUCAUCGAGGCCAUCUACAAGAUGGUGGGCACGGUGAUCAUGAUGAAGAUGAACGAGGACGGCCUGACGCCGGAGCAGCGCGUGGACCGCAUCUUCUCCAAGAUGGACAAGAACAACGACGACCAGAUCUCUUUGGACGAGUUUAAGGAGGCGGCCAAGAGCGACCCCUCCAUCGUUCUGCUCCUGCAGUGCGACAUGCAGAAGUGAGGGCCCCCCCCCCCCCCCC